AUGGCACUGUCUCUAUGCAGAAAGCAAAUGCUUGGGGCGACCAGCCGGCUCAACAGCAGAAUAUUGAAGUUUGAAAUUUCAAAGGUGCUGGCCUGCCGGUAUUCGACGGAGAAGAAACGAUCCAAAGUUUACAGCAGCGCCGACGAAGCGAUUGCGGACAUUCCCGAUGGAGCGAAACUGCUCGUCGGCGGAUUCGGAUUGUGCGGCAUUCCGGAGAACCUGAUUGCGGCGCUGGUGAAACAACGCAAAAAAGAUCUUACGGUGGUGUCCAACAAUGCCGGCGUCGACAAUUUCGGGCUUGGUCUGCUGCUGAAGGAGAAGCUUAUAAAGCGCAUGAUUGCAUCGUACGUUGGCGAGAAUGCUGAAUUCGAGCGUCAGUAUCUUUCCGGUGAGCUUGAGCUAGAACUGACGCCCCAGGGCACGCUGGCCGAACGGAUCCGUGCCGGUGGUGCCGGCGUACCGGCUUUCUUCACCCCAACCGCCUUCGGUACGCUCGUGCACGAGGGUGGCGCUCCGAUCAAGUACGGUCAGGGUGGAACGAUCGAGAUCGCGAGCGAACCCCGUCCAGCGCAAAUGUUCAACGGCAAACCGUACAUCAUGGAGGAAGCCAUCACCGGGGACUUCGCGCUCGUGAAAGCACACGUCGCGGACGAGUCGGGAAAUUUGAUCUUCAACAAGUCGGCACGCAACUUCAACCCGCCGAUGUGUAAAGCAGCGAAGGUGACGAUCGUCGAGGUGGAGGAAAUCGUACCGGUUGGUUCGCUCGACCCGGACCAGGUACACAUGCCGAGCGUUUUUGUGCAUCGCAUCAUCAAGGGACCGUCGUACGAGAAGCGCAUCGAGCGGUUGCGUGUGCGAGACACGAAAAAGGUGGGCUCGGUUGUGUCCUCCACACCGGCGGCGAAGAUGCGCGAGCGAAUUGUGAAACGUGUCGCACUCGAGUACCGGGACGGUAUGCACAUCAAUCUCGGUAUCGGCAUACCGGUGCUGUCCUCUAACUAUAUUCCGCCCGGUAUGAAUGUGUUGCUCCAGUCGGAGAACGGCAUUCUGGGACUGGGACCGUUCCCCGAGAAGGAUCAGGUCGAUCCGGAUCUGAUUAAUGCGGGCAAGGAAACGGUGACGGUACUGCCGGGUGCGUCCUACUUCUCGUCCGAUGACAGCUUCGCGAUGAUUCGCGGUGGACACAUCGACAUUACCGUGCUGGGAGCGAUGGAGGUGUCACAGUACGGUGAUCUUGCCAACUGGAUGAUUCCCGGCAAACUGGUAAAAGGUAUGGGAGGUGCCAUGGACCUGGUAGCAGCUCCGGGCACGAAGGUGGUAGUGACGAUGGAACACAACGCCAAGGACGGUUCGCACAAAAUUCUCGCCAACUGCAACCUGCCAGUCACGGGACGAAACUGCGUCGAUAUGAUCAUCACCGAGAAGGCCGUCUUCAACGUGGACAAGGAGCGGGGCUUAACGUUGAUGGAACUGGCCGAGGAUUGCACGGUGGAGGAGGUCAUUACCAGCACGGGUUGUGACUUUUCCGUUUCGCCCGAUCUGAAGAAAAUGGCCCAGGUGGAUGAUGCGUGA